GAACAUUUGAGCUGAAGUGGGAGAGAGAUGCGUGUGGUCAGGGGUUAUAUAGGUAGAGAAGGGGGAGGAGCCAGGCGUGUCGUCCUACCGGAUGACGUCACCACACAUGCCAGCGCACGCGCUGGGUGACUCAUCCUACCGGGUGACGUCACCACGCACACCGCGCACACGCUGGGUGACUCAUCCUACCGGGUGACGUCACCACGCACACCGCGCAUGCGCUGGGUGACUCGUCCUACCGGGUGACGUCACCACCCACACCGCGCACGCGCUGGGUGACUCAUUAUGAACAGCGGUAUCAUCCUCAUCAGCGGCAGUAGCGGCUGCAGAGAGAGAGACAUCGAUGACAACACCAUCGCUCUAACACUCAAACGCCGAUCGUCACCACCACCACCAUCAUCAUCAUCAACCAUGAAGCGACUUUGCAGCGUGGUAGGUGAUGCAGGUGAUGCAGGUGGUGGUGGCGGUGUUCACACGUUGGGUGAUCGGAGACGCAUCAACAGCAAAAGAUUGGGCGGAGGCGAUGCCAAGAGGGUGCAGGGCGCCUUGAUACCGCUGGUAUCCUCCAUACAUCAGCUGUCUCUCCUGUCUGUUACAGGCUACAUGGGGAAUCUUUGGUGGCUGUGUCAGGUAUGGUCGGUGUUGAUUGGCUCUGUCACGGCGGCGUCUCGCUGCCACUGGACUACCCAGUACCUGUCCAACGAAACCUGCUGUGAAAAGUGUCUCCCAGGGCAGCUCAGGGUGAGCCCGUGCAACGCCACAUCUCCCACUGUUUGCGAGCCCUGCCCAGAGAACUCCUACAGCCCUGUGCACAGCAGCGUCCACAGGUGCAUGCCCUGCAAGCAUUGCAACAAAGCUUACAAGCAGCUCGUGACUGGACCGUGCUCGCCGAUGGAAGACACGCGGUGCGGCUGUGGGGAGGGCACCUACAAGGUUUUAUUCAUCGAAAAAGGCUCCAGGUUCUGGUGCUGCCCCAACUGCCGGCCAGGUCAUGAGGUCACCAAGAAAUGUAGUGACAUGGACUUCCUGAGUGAGUGCUCCCCAUGUCCUGCCGGCUCCUACAGCUCCGGGUUCAAAUGCAACAACUGCACGCGGUGCGACGUUGAGGCAUCCCCGUGCAGCGAAAUCGCCAACGCUGUCUGCGCUACGCUGACCGGUAAUGAGGGACGUGGCACUCCCCUGUCGCCGGCAGCAGUCGCAGGGAUUGUGGCAGCUGCGGUCACCCUCCUUGUUCUCACCAUUCUGACAGCGGUGCUGUGCCCAUCGCGCCUAUGCUACCCACUCCGUCAGAGUCGUGUCGUGGGCCGCUGCUUUGGCUACCGGGCCCGAAACGAUGUAGCCGCAGCUGCAGCCGCAGCUGACGCACUGACCCAGGCGGGGCGACGGGACACGAGACAGGAGUGCAAGGUGCUCAUGGGAGACAUCGGAACGCCUGAGGCCAAUUGCGGUUGCCUGGGUAACGGAGAGGCCAAUUGCGGUUGCCUGGGUAACGGAGAGGCCAAUGGCAGUUGUCUAGGUAACGGAGAGGCCAAUGACGGUUGCCUGGGUAACAGAGAGGACAAUGACAGUUGCCUGGGUAACGGAGAGGCCAAUGACGGUUGCCUGGGUAACGGAGAGGCCAAUGACGGUUGCCUGGGUAACAGAGAGGCCAAUGACGGUUGCCUGGGUAACGGAGAGGCCAAUGACAGUUGCCUGAGUAAUGCAGAAGCCAAUGACGGUUGCCUGGGUAACGGAGAGGCCAAUGACGGUUGCCUGGGUAACUGAGAGGCCAAUGACGGUUGCCUGGGUAACGGAGAGGCCAAUGACUGUUGCCUGGGUAACGGAGAGGCCAAUGACGGUUGCCUGGGUAACGGAGAGGCCAAUGACUGUUGCCUGGGUAACGGAGAGGCCAAUGACGGUUGCCUGGGUAACGCAGAGGCCAAUGACUUUGUAGGAUCACAGAGAGACUACCCCUAGUGGCAAGUAAAUGGUGGAUGCUGAUUUUGCGAGUGGAAAGAAAAAAACAUCACAGUUAUUUCAUUUCAGUUUUUCUCCCGAUUUAAUUUUAACAAUGUGCACGCGUGUACGUACCACGUCAUCGGAAUGGAUGCACUCGCACACACACGUGUACGCACGUGUGUGUGUGUGUGUGUGCAUACGUCAUCGCAACCGCACUUUAUCGGCCGCUGAUCGGGGGAGGCGGCGGUGAAGAGGUUAGCGCCACGCUGCGCUACGGACUCCGGCAGAGACCCGAGUUCGAUUCCUGCUCAUGGCCAACACCAGUGACAGCGAUACAAGAGACUGCACAAUUCAGUGCCGGGUAGACACUGAAUGAGGACUAAACUGUGUACUUACAUAUGUAUAAUCGUUGUUUGCCUUUUGUUUCAUAAUAAAUUGUAUCUAUGUA